CCACAAUACAUCCAAUCUGUGUUUGUUACGAUGGCGUUGUGGCAGCUCUUAACAUAUCUUCUGCUUACAUACAGCACAGGGUCCAGAGCUGAAGACACUGUGUUUGUGAUAACAGGAGCUUCUGUUCAACUGAAUAUACAGACAGAUAAACUACCUGAUGAUUUUGAUGAGAUAUUCUGGAGGAAUGAAAAAUCAGACAUUAUAGUGAAAUAUUAUAAUGCAUUUAAAAGUGUAAAGUAUUAUGAUGACAACAAGGACAGAGUGGAUUUCAAUACUGAAAGUUUUUCUCUUACACUGAAGAACAUGAAGAAGAAAGACAGUGGAGUUUAUAAAGCAAUAACAAGUGAAAAAUCAGAAACACUUAUUGUUGAACACAAAGUAUCUGUUAUAGAUGCAGUUGAAGCUCCUGUACUGACAGUAAACUCAGGCUGGUCCAGCACAGGACUCUGUAACUUCACAUGUAACACAAAUAUUAUUGCAAUCAACUCUGUAAUCAAUAACAGUAGCAGCUGUUCAGAGGAAGUGACAUCAUCUGGAGUCUAUCAUCUAAGCCUGAGAUGCAUUAAUGACUCCAUCAUUUGUAAUCAUAGCAACCCUGUCAGUUGGAAGAAUGACACAAAGACCAUUGAACCAAUCUGCAUUGUUCGUCAAGAUAAAAGAACUGCUCCUGAGAUAUCUUCGCACCUUCACUGGUUAAUCCCCAUUAUUUGUAUAUCAACACUGGGUUUGUUUGGUACAGUGGUUGGCUUAUGUUUCUACAAGAAUAAAAAAGGUACAUAACACCUUAUUUCACAU